AUGGCAUCUGCUGCUGUACCACGACUGGAAAUUAUUCGUGCGAGUUGUAACAAUUGCGCAAAGUCCAAGGUCCGCUGCAGUAAGGAUCAACCCUCAUGUCAACGCUGCUUGUAUCAAGGCGUCCCCUGCAUCUACAGUCCCUCCCAACGGUCCCGAAAACGACCUCCGCCUACACCGACAGCAACAUCUCCUCCCGCCUCAGGGAUUGUGUCGGCCUUGAGAGACCAACAUACAUCCGAUACAUCCCAGGGAGGAAAUGAUGGACUGAACCGGGGGCAGCACAUGGCCGACGUUCGCUCCACCGACAGGACCAACGCUAGCUCAAUACCCGAAUCGAGUGACGAACCCUUCCCCGAUGGAACUCUGUUGCCUUCCGAUACAUUGAGCCCAAUGAAAUGGAGCGAACUGCUUGUGUCAUUCGAUGGCAAGGCCCUCUCCUCCAACGACGAGAUCUCCAGAGUACUGGAUACAUCACCGAUGGCAAUGCCCGAUCUGCAGCCACGGAUCGACGGGAGCACCCUGGAUACCGGUUUUCACUGGCAAAUACCCCGGGACUCCGACACACAGUUCUUCUGGCCAACACCAGCAGAACCUCAUGGCCCUCAUCACACCCCGCACCAAUGCUCCCAACUGGCCAUGUCCGCCAUCCAGCGGCUGGAUGUGCCAAUGGCAUCAUGCCCGUCCCUGGGACGCCUGGACUGCGAUCCCCAACUAUCAAGAAUGACAGCUAGCCCCGGAGCCCGCAGCUUCGACGACAUCCUCAAGGACAGCCAUUUAUCCCUGGAAGAUGUUCUCACAAUCUUGGAAUGUCCGUGCACAGCCAAAAUCGACCUCGUCUUCCUCAUAACUACAUCGUGCACGCGCGUGCUAUCAUGGUACCAAGCCAGUCUAGACCGCAGCUCCGCAUUCCCAAGUCGCGACACAGACAGCAGCGAGAGCAACAGCAGCACUACCAGCAGGAGCUCUCUCGGAGCCUCACGACGGACAACUUCGGACAGCAACAUCCAGUAUGGUCUAUCGCGGUCGUUCCGCGAGUGGGUGUCGAUCCCGUCGAUCACCGUCGGAGCCUACACACUUGAACCGGGCCAAUCACGGCGCAUGAUUGCGCAGUUGAUCUUGGCAGAGAUAGAUAAGGUUAAGGAGGUCUUGGCGGCGUUUAAUCGCAGCUAUUGUCGCCAGAACAGGAUGUUUGGUGAAGAUGACGAGAAAGGGCUGCAUAUGGCGUUGGAGGCCUAUCUCCGGAAUCAAAUGAAGGCCGUGGCUCUUACGGCGCGAGAGCAGUUAAGCAAUUGA